AUGUCGUACGAGUUCCUCAGCUGGGAAGAGACAGAGUCCCUGCCUACGGUCGUUGACGCCGUCGAGGUGGGCACCAAGACCGAGGUUGGCGUAUCAGCCACCGCCCAUGAUGUGCGGCCCGGCAGCAGCGGUAACGACGUCGGGUGCGGAGAGGUCGGUAGCCUUGGGUGCACGGCGACCAACACCCGUGAUGGUAUCGUCUCCGACAUCGAGUCGAGGUGGUCGUGCGCCACGAGCCUUGUGCCUGACGAAGGGCCCUGCCAAAUCGAGUUCACCUUUGCCGAACCCCAGAACAUCGUGGACAUCCAGGUCGCCUUCUGGAACGACAACGAGCGCGUCAGUACCCUGGAGGUCCACGUCAACGGCGAGCUGACCCACACGCACGAGUCCUACGACGACACCUUCAACACGCUCGGUGUGACAGCUACGGAGGCCAGCACUGUGAUGCUCGAGUCCGUCGCUCUCCUUUCGGACGAAUGGAUCAGUCUCCUCGAGGUGCAAAUCUUCGUGACACCUUGA